AGCUAAUGGGUAAAUAGUAUUAAGAAACUUAAAUGCUGUUAUUUAUUUUCUCUUUUUAAUCUAUAGUUCCAUUCAAGAAUAUGACCAGUCUCACACUUCUGCACAGUGGUCCACAAUUUACAAAUAACUUUUUUCUACGUUGUGUAUCACAACAUCCCCAUAGGGUGCGAUUAACCCCAUUUUACAUGAAAACUUUGUUAAUAUCAGAAAGCAUAUUAAGAGCCCCCUUUGACUUGGCAUUUUUACCAGAUCCUACAUUUCCAAAAGGACACAACUUAAGUGGAAGGACAAUCACAAAACUUGGAUUGAAUCUUCCACAAUACCAAGCACUGGCUUCGAUUUUAUGGCCGCGAGUAACUACACACUGGGCUCCUUUUCUCAUAGGUAAAAUAAGGGCAACAAUACCUUCUUCACACAAUUGUUCUGUGAUUAAAUAAGAACAAAGGCUGAAGGAUGAACCUACCACGUUGUAGGGCCUCUAAUAAAUACCUUCUCCUUCUUCCCUUGACAGCUAAAGCACGAGAUAUCACUAUCAUUCCCACUUCACACGUGGAGAAACUCGAAGCGGAGAACGCUCAGGUUCCCCUUCUCCACUGGCAACUCCGCAACCCCCAGAUUUGGUUCGGGCAAUUGCGACGUCCGCUACGUCCGUUCUUGUAGCGUGGAUUCUCUCCUCGAGUUGCGCCUGGUGGGGGCUGGAGGCCGCUGAUAAUUGCUCCCAUGACUCUGAGGAAUCCGAUCCUAAUCCUCAACGGCGCUUCAGGGACAAAGCUGCUUUCCUAUCGUCCCUAACCUCGCCUAGAGUAAAGGUCGCGGCAAAGCCUCAGCUCCAGCUACCGACGCCAUUUUGGCCUCUACGUGUGACGCCACACGUAGCAGAGAGCCCAGCCGAUUGGUUGGGAGACGGCAGCCAGAGGAGAGGCGCGCGAAGCCAGAGAAGAGUAUGGAGGAGAAGCCAAGGAAACUACAAUCCCGGCCUUCCUUGCGCCUGCGACAGCAUACCGAGAGCGAAAGAGAAGGGAGCUUGGGUCCGGACCACAACUCCCAGCACCUCCCGCGAUGUCUCCUCUUUCCUUUCAAAACGUGGAGGAAAAGAGGGACUAGGAGAAUGGAGGCCUUCUGGAGUCGGUUCUCCGAAAGGCGGGAAAGGCGAACUACACCUCCCGAUUGGCAGCGCGCGAGUGCGCCUGCGCCCUGAUGCCUGUCGCCAUCUUGCCCCUUCCGAGGCACCGCAAACAAACCCAAUUCCUGGUGUUCCCUAGUCUUGGCGGAGGAGCCUUUUAGAUGAGCCCCGAAAGGCCGGGCAGGGAAGACAAGCUCUUUGGGGCUACCAAAAAGAAGCAGCAAUGCCUGUUGUGUGGCCAACCCUUUUGGAUCUCAGCAGGGAUGAAUGCAAAAGGAUUCUUAGAAAAUUGGAAUUGGAGGCAUAUGCUGGAGUUAUCAGUGCACUUCGGGCACAGGGGGAUCUCACCAAGGAAAAGAAAGAUCUUCUCGGAGAACUCUCAAAAGUUCUUAGCAUCUCAACAGAGCGCCACCGUGCUGAAGUUCGGAGAGCAGUAAACGAUGAACGGUUAACAACAAUUGCACAUAAAAUGAAUUUAUCCUUAUAUUUGGGUGAAAGACCAAGUUACAGUAUGUCUGGACCUAAUAGCUCUUCAGAAUGGUCCAUUGAGGGUCGUCGCUUGGUUCCACUGAUGCCCCGGUUGGUUCCCCAAACUGCCUUCACUGUAACAGCUAACGCUGUUGCCAAUGCAGCUAUCCAGCACAAUGCAUCUCUUCCAGUGCCUGCAGAAACAGGAAGCAAGGAAGGUGUUAGCUGUUCAGACGAAGAUGAAAAACCCAGAAAACGAAGGCGAACAAAUUCUUCCAGCUCCUCCCCUGUUGUCCUAAAGGAAGUUCCAAAGGCUGUUGUUCCAGUCUCAAAGACGAUCACUGUGCCUGUGAGUGGCAGUCCCAAGAUGAGCAACAUCAUGCAGAGCAUUGCCAACUCCUUACCACCCCACAUGUCUCCUGUGAAAAUAACCUUCACCAAACCAUCAACACAGACGACAAACACAACAACACAGAAGGUUAUUAUAGUGACCACAUCACCAAGUUCAACCUUCGUGCCCAACAUUCUCUCCAAAUCCCAUAACUAUGCAGCAGUCACUAAGCUUGUACCAACAUCAGUCAUUGCUUCCACAACCCAGAAGCCACCAGUGGUUAUAACUGCUUCACAGUCCUCCCUGGUCAGUAGUAGCAGCAGUGGCAGCAGCAGUUCUGCACCGUCACCUAUUCCCAGUACAGUUGCGGUGACAGCUGUGGUAUCUUCCACACCAUCCGUGGUCAUGUCAACAGUAGCACAAGGCGUAUCUACAUCAGCGAUCAAAAUGGCAUCAACCAGACUUCCUUCCCCCAAAAGUUUAGUAGGUGCCCCAACUCAGAUUCUUGCACAGUUUCCUAAACAGCAUCAACAGUCUCCUAAGCAGCAGUUACAUCAAGUGCAGCAACAGACCCAGCAACAGGUGGCCCAACCUGCUCCAGUAUCUCAUCAGCAACAGCCUCAGCAAUCUCCUUUGCCACCUGGUAUCAAGCCUACCAUUCAAAUCAAACAGGAGUCAGGUGUUAAAAUCAUCACACAACAAGUUCAACCAAGUAAAAUCUUACCCAAACCAGUGACAGCAACUCUGCCCACCAGUAGCAAUUCCCCUAUUAUGGUGGUUAGCAGUAAUGGUGCAAUUAUGACAACUAAACUGGUAACCACUCCUACUGGCACACAGGCAACCUAUACCCGGCCAACAGUGAGCCCGUCCAUAGGUCGGAUGGCUGCAACCCCUGGAGCUGCAACCUAUGUGAAAACUACCAGUGGUAGCAUCAUCACAGUAGUACCCAAGUCAUUAGCUACCUUGGGGGGCAAGAUAAUUAGCAGUAAUAUAGUUUCUGGAACGACUACCAAAAUCACUACAAUCCCAAUGACUUCCAAGCCCAAUGUGAUUGUUGUGCAAAAGACAACAGGAAAAGGAACGACCAUUCAAGGCCUCCCGGGCAAAAACGUUGUCACAACAUUGCUAAAUGCUGGAGGAGAAAAGACUAUUCAGACGGUGCCAACAGGAGCAAAGCCAGCUAUUAUCACUGCUACAAGACCCAUCACCAAAAUGAUUGUAACUCAACCAAAAGGAAUAGGUUCCACAGUUCAGCCAGCAGCUAAAAUCAUCCCAACAAAAAUUGUUUAUGGGCAGCAAGGGAAAACACAGGUUCUUAUUAAACCCAAACCAGUGACAUUUCAAGCCACAGUUGUUAGUGAACAAACAAGGCAGCUGGUCACAGAAACAUUACAGCAAGCAUCUAGGGUGGCAGAAGCUGGUAAUUCAUCUAUUCAAGAGGGAAAAGAAGACCCACAGAGUUAUACCGAUAGUAGUUCCUCUUCUACAGAGUCCUCCCAAAGUUCCCAAGAUUCCCAGCCUGUAGUUCAUGUAAUUGCUUCCCGGCGUCAGGAUUGGUCAGAACAUGAGAUUGCAAUGGAGACUAGCCCCACCAUAAUUUAUCAGGAUGUAUCCAGUGAAUCACAAUCAGCUACUUCAACAAUCAAAGCUCUAUUAGAACUCCAACAGACAACAGUAAAGGAAAAAUUGGAAUCUAAACCAAGACAACCCACUAUUGACUUGAGUCAGAUGGCAGUGCCUAUUCAGAUGACCCAGGAAAAGAGACAUUCUCCUGAGAGUCCAUCCAUUGCUGUGGUAGAGUCAGAACUAGUUGCUGAAUACAUCACUACUGAACGCACUGAUGAGGGGACAGAGGUUGCUUUUCCCCUUCUAGUCAGCCAUCGCUCCCAGCCCCAACAGCCCUCCCAGCCCCAGCGGACCCUGCUCCAGCAUGUGGCUCAGUCACAGACCGCAACACAGACUUCGGUGGUGGUGAAGUCCAUCCCAGCAUCUUCCCCUGGAGCAAUCACCCACAUUAUGCAGCAGGCAUUAAGCAGUCACACUGCUUUUACCAAACACAGCGAGGAACUUGGAACUGAGGAGGGCGAGGUUGAAGAGAUGGACACUUUAGACCCUCAGACAGGUCUGUUUUACCGAUCUGCCCUGACUCAGUCACAGUCAGCUAAGCAGCAGAAACUUAGCCAGCCCCAGCUGGAACAGACUCAGCUGCAAGUGAAAACUCUGCAGUGCUUCCAGACUAAACAGAAGCAGACCAUCCACCUGCAGGCAGACCAGCUCCAGCACAAACUCCCGCAAAUGCCCCAGCUUUCCAUCAGGCAUCAAAAACUCACCCCUCUUCAGCAAGAACAAGCACAGCCCAAGCCAGAUGUACAGCACACACAGCAUCCCAUGGUGGCCAAAGACAGGCAGCUUCCUACCUUAAUGGCACAGCCCCCACAAACUGUAGUACAGGUGCUCGCAGUGAAAACCACGCAGCAGCUCCCUAAACUGCAGCAGGCUCCGAACCAACCCAAAAUCUACGUGCAACCCCAAACCCCCCAGAGCCAAAUGCCGCUCCCAGCCGCAUCAGAGAAACAGCCGGCAAGCCAGGCCAUUCCCCAGUACGCUAUUCCUUGUCACUCCAGCUCCAACGUGGUUGUAGAGCCCAGUGGGCUUCUUGAGCUAAACAACUUCACUAGCCAGCAGUUGGAUGAUGAUGAGACGGCAAUGGAGCAAGACAUAGACAGUAGCACAGAGGAUGGAACCGAGCCCAGCCCCUCUCAGAGUUCUGCUGAACGGUCCUAAGUGUUUUGGAAACAGGAGUGCACUUUAAAACCGACUUGGUUACCAAGUGUCCAGGGAAGCCCUUGAUUUUUGAUGUCUAAAGAGAGCACUUUGCCCAUGCUUAGGCUGUGGACCCCAAAAUCGCAGUGUUUCAACAAGAACUGCUGCAGGAGCAGCAUUUUAAAACAAGACAAAACUCACAGGGGACUGUACUUUUUUUAAAAAAAAAAAAGGAAAAAAAGAAAAAAAAAAAGAAAGAAAGAAAGAAAGAAAAAGAUGCACAUCUGCAGUGACAGAAGACCUGAUAUUCUUUCUCUGUUGGACCACGGCUGAUGGAAAAGUAUGCCAUGCAGUGGAAAGAGACUUUUCCUGUGAAUGUUCCUCAACUGGUUUCUACUGAGCAAAACACCGUCAGAAAAGGAGAAUGUUAAUAGUUUGUAUUUUGAAACGGUGUGUCAGGAACAGUUUUUUAAAAAACCUUGUAUGUUUUUGAAAAUCCCUGGAAGUGUUGAAUUGGUUAACAUUUUACAUUUGCUCAGUUUAUAGUUUAUGAAAUAACUAGAAAAAUACUGGCAUUAAAGAAUCCUUGUUAGAUGGUGGAAAUCAGAUCCCUAACCAGUGGGAAGUGCUUUUUGGGUGGCUUGUACAUUCUCACCAGUUGUAUGCUAAUUUAUUGUGUUGUUGUUCCUUUGUGCUCUAGGCAGCACACUUGCCUCCUAUUUAUUUAAAUGUAAACAUUUCAAAGCAGGCCAUAUUCUUUCUGACAGAUUUUCUGUAAACCAGGAUUGCCUGCCCUUUCCACCUCCCACCCCUCCCCGCUCCUUUAAGAAAACUUAAGAGAAAAUGUUUCAUUGUGAAGGAGAGGAAAAGAAACAUUUUCUGGCCCAAAGGAAAUGUUCAGCUAUGUUCAGGAAAAAUUAUUCAUAUGAUGCUAUCUUAACAUUGAAAUUGCACAUUCAUGUUGGACUGAAACUUUGAAGAUAACUUUUACAUACUUUUGUUUAACCCCCUUUGAAAUGUAUAAAAAUUCAUUUACAGUUCUAAAUGUAAUGUUUUUAAGCAUUCUGCCUUUUUAGGACACAGUUUGUUUAAGCAAUAUGUUUGGGUCUUGUGAUCACUGUCUGUCACAAGUAGAGUGAGGGGUAAGAGGGUGGGAGGGUUAACGGUCAGUUUUGACAAGUUGUGGCAAAGGAAGCAAUUCUUUUCAUUUUUAAAAAAAAUGUAAAUAGAAAAGUUUUUAACGGUUUUAUAUAGAUUUCACUAUAAAUAAGCAUUGUAAGACUGACAAAUGUUGAACUGUACAUACAUAUAUCAGCAUAACUGCCCAAUUUUUUGGUGCUGAAGUACUGUAAGUAGAUUUCAUCAACAGUCUCCUAAUUUUUGCAUCUAUAUCUAGAAAAAAUACUGUGAUACUAUAGUUAAUAAAUUCCCACUAGAGUGACACUGAAGAUUUAAACACAAGCAUUUAUAAGAUGCACUGACCUCUGGUAGUUGCCAUCAUUUCUCCUGAGCGGUAACGACUUACCCAUAGAUGGGGCUGUUGGAUUUAAUUUUAUUGUACAAAUUCAUGUUUAAAGACUUUGUGAUUGUUUCUAGUUAAGUAACUUUUUAACCUCUCCAGUCAUAGGCUUCUUUGAAAAUCUGAUCACACUAUGAACUCUCCCCAAAAAGACAUGCAUACCAAUUGACAUGUUAGAUUUUACAUACAGUCUUAGGGGUUUGUGGACCCCUAAGCCUAACCAUGUAUUCAAGGUUAAGCCCUCUGUUAUGGUCAGUCCAUUACUUACAGAUGUAAGUUUUUAUAAAAUAAAAUAUCUUUUAAAUAUUCAUGGGUCAGGUAACAAGAGCAAACUUGAAUAAAGUUAUUACGUUCUACUUCUACACAUUCUGGCAGCAUAGCGUACCUGUGUCCCUUUGAGAAUUUAGCCUUAAUAUGUUUCCAGCAACUGGAAUGGCAGAUGAAACUUCCACAAGCUACAAUUUUAAAAAUUAGUGUGUAUAUAUUAACAAACUAUCAAGUGAGGGAUUUAACAUUUUUUUUUCUUUCAAAGGUAUUACUUUCAAGGAGAGCAUGAAUUCUUUAUUCAGAACAACAAAUAUUAUUUAAAACAUCUUCUACGUGUCAGGUACUGUUCUAAGCACCAGGGAUUCCACAGUAAAUAAACAGAAAAUCCUACCCUUACGGAGUUUACAAACAGAGCUUCCUGCUGAUGGAAUGGAUGCCAGGGCCGAAGGAAGGAGGAAACACAAGUGACUCUUAGGUUUCUUGAUUAAGUGGAUGGAUGGUGAUGCCGUAUAUGGAUCUCCAGGUAUCCUUUUACUGAAAGUCUUAGCAUUAGAUCUAUUUGUAUUUCAUAUGUUUAAGUCCAUAAAUUAAAUGUAAUUUUAAGUCAGUCCUUGUAAAAGAUAUUCAGAGAUUAUGCUGCAAAUACUACAGAAUUUUUAGAGUCCCAACAACUGUUACAGGCAGUGAUAAGAAAAAUCCAUUUGGUUUAAACUUUGAUAAAUGCUUUGCAUUGCAGAAUGCAGUUUAUGCUGAACUUAGAGAACUUAAAAAAAAUGUUUUAUUGAAAUUAAUUCACAUGCCAUACGAUUCACCCAUUUAAAGUGUACAGUUCAGUGAUUUUCACUAUAUUUACAGAGUUGGGCAGCCAUCACUACAGCCAGUUUUAGAACAUUUGCAUAACCCUAAAAAGAAACCCUGUACCCCUUAGCUGUUACCCCUGAAACACCCCAUCACCCAGCCCUAGGCAACCACUAAACUACUUUCUGUCUCUAUGGAUUUGCCUAUUCUGGACAUUUCAUAUAAAUGGAAUCAUAUAGUAUGUGGUCUUCUGUGACUGGCUUCUUUCAUUUGGCAUAGUAUUUUCAAGGUUGUAGCAUGUUUUAGUCCUUCGGUCCUUUUUAUGGCUCAGUAAUAUUCCAUUGCAUGGAUAUACCACAUUUUAUUUAUCCAUUCAUUGGUUGAUGGACAUUGGGGUUGUUUCUAUUUUUUGGCUAUUCUGAAUAAUCCUGCUGUGAACAGUUGUGUACAGUUUUUACAUAUGUUUUCAGUUCUCUUUGGUAUAUAUCUAGGAGUGUAAUUGCUGGGUCCUACAGUAACUAUGGUUAAUGAUUUGAGAAACUACCAAAAUCUUUUCUACAGUGACUGCACAUUUUACAGCAGUAUAGGACAGUUCCACUUUUUCUACAUCCUCACCAAUGCUUGCUAUUAUUCGUUUUUUGUUUUUAUUUUUUUUUUUAAAUUAUAUUCAUCUUAGUGUGUGAAGUGGUACCUCAUUGUGGUUCUGAUUGACAUUUCCCUGAUGGCUAAUGAUAAGAAUCUUUUCCUCUGCUUAUUGGCCAUUCACAGAUCUUUGGAGAAAUGUCCUUUGCCCAUUUUUAAAUUAAAUGAUUUUCUAUUUUAUUAUUUAAAUUGAGAACUUU